AUGAGUUCCGGCGGCGACGCAAAGCUCUUCGCUAGGGGCAAGGUCGCCGAGUUGCGACAGGAGCUUAACUCCGGCGGCAAGAAAGACAAGAACUACUCCGCCAAAAAGAUCGCCCUGAAGAAAAUCGUCGCCAACAUGACUAUGAGCAACAAUGACAUGGUUGCGCUCUUCCCCGAUGUCAUCGACUGCAUGAACCUGCCCAGCUUGGAGAUCAAGAAGAUGUGCUUCUUGUUCUUGGUCAAUUAUUCCCGAAUGAAGCCUGAGGUUGCGCUGAAAGCGCUGCCGAUUUUGGUCGAUGAUAUGGAAGACACCAACCCACUUGUGCGCGCGCUUGCUUUGCGAACCAUUUCAUACGUUCAUGUGCGCGAGUUCGUCGAGGCGACCUUCCAACCCCUCAAACGGCUCAUGCAAGACAACGACCCAUAUGUCCGAAAGACCGCCGCUUUUUGCGUUGCAAAACUAUAUGAGCAUGACAAGAAGACGGUAGAGAACUCGGAUUUGAUCGAUCGCCUCAACCGAAUGUUGAAGGAUGAGAACCCGACCGUUGUCUCCAGUGUUUUGGCUUCACUGGUGGACAUCUGGGGCCGUAGUGAAUCGAUUUCCUUAACCAUUGACUAUGUCAGUGCCUCAAAGCUGGUCUCAAUUCUACCCGACUGCUCUGAAUGGGGCCAAUCUUACAUUCUCGAAGCCUUGAUGUCUUAUGUGCCGCAGGACACAGCCGAGGCGCUUCUGCUGGCGGAGCGAAUUGCCCCGCGACUAUCUCACUCGAACGCGGCCGUUGUCCUCACAUCUUGUCGGGUCAUUCUCUAUCUCAUGAACUAUAUUGCCGACAAAAAGCAUAUCACCUCGCUAUGCCGCAAGCUUUCACCACCUCUCGUUACAUUGCUCUCCAAACCACCCGAGAUACAAUAUUUGGCAUUGCGAAAUGCUAUCUUGAUUUUACAGAAACGGCCGGAAGUCUUGCGUAAUGAUAUCCGCGUAUUUUUCUGCAACUAUAACGACCCGAUCUAUGUCAAAGUGACAAAGUUGGAGUUGAUGUUCAUGUUGACCACGAAGGAUAAUAUCUCUGUGGUAUUGGCAGAACUUCGAGAGUAUGCAACUGAAAUUGAUGUUCAUUUUGUACGCAAAGCGGUUCGUGCCAUUGGAAAGUUGGCCAUCAAGAUUGAAUCCGCCGCAAAGCAAUGCAUUGAAACACUUUUGGAGCUAGUCGAUGCCAAGAUUCCCUACAUUAUCCAGGAAGCGACAGUGGUUAUUCGCAACAUCUUCCGCAAGUACCCCAACAAGUACGAGAGUAUUAUCAGCCACGUGAUCCGCAAUAUCGAUGACCUCGAUGAGCCCGAAGCCAAGGCAGCUAUUAUUUGGAUCAUUGGUCAGUACGCAGACCGUAUCGAUAAUUCAGAUGGUCUCUUGCAGGACUAUCUGGCAACUUUUCAUGAUGAAACGGUCGAAGUGCAGCUGGCCCUGCUCACGGCUACUGUGAAGCUCUUUAUUCAACGGCCCACCAAGGGUCAAGAACUUGUCCCACAGGUUCUGAAAUGGUGCACUGAAGAGACCGAUGAUCCCGAUCUCAGAGACCGUGGCUACAUGUACUGGCGUUUGUUGUCAACCGACCCGGCGACAGCCAAGCAGGUCGUGAUGGGCCAAAAGCCACCCAUCACUGCCGAGAGCGAGAAGCUGGACCCCCGAACCCUCGAGGAACUCUGCCUUAAUGUCGGCACACUAGCUACUGUCUACCUGAAGCCUAUCCAUCAGGUUUUCCGUGCCGCACGUCCUCGUCGUCUUCAGCAGAGUCCAGCCUUGCAAAGGCCACGAGUUGAAGAUGGCACUUCCAGUAUGCUGGAAUAUAACCCUCCCAGCGCCAACGCUGCCGCAUCAUCAACAAGUAAUAGCGGCCUAGCAACCAUCAUCACAACAGGCAACCCUAUCAGUCCAAUCAAUGCUCCUCCCCCGCCCAAUUUCCCUGUUGGCCCCAACCCUGCCCAAGGUUCCGCCGCCGCCUCGAACACGUCCAGCGAUGCAAUCAGUGCAGCAGAUUCAUACUUCAAUGGGAUAGGAUCGCAACAAAUGGCCUCGAUGGAUCUGGGAGGCCGUAGCGAUGGUGCGGGCGGUGGUGGUGCACCGCAGACGCAGUUUGUUGUGACACAAAACCAACAACAAGGGUACCAGCCGCAAUAUGCUGGUGGUGCUGCUACAGGCGAGCUACUGCUUCUAUAA